GAACACUUCCGUCAUCAAGUGCAGUGAAUAAGGAUAAGCUGAACCAUCCAACUUCCAAAUUUUUAAAGAUACCCCCAAGCAACACACUAUAUAAUGGACAGCGGCUACAACAAUUACAACACCAGCUACGGCGGUAGCGGUGGAGGCGGCGGAGGCGGAGGAGGCUUCAUGCCCGGCGAGAUGAACAACAGUCCCUCGGGCGGAAAGGGCGACUACAACAACGCCACCCUCCGCCCGAUAACGAUCAAACAAGCGCUGGACGCAACGCAACCCUACCCGGAAGCGGGCUACCAGAUCGACUCCGCCGAGGCAGCGAGCGUGUGCUUCAUCGGCCAGGUGCGGAACAUCAGCUCGCAGAGCACGAACGUGACGUAUAAGAUCGACGACGGCACCGGCGAGAUCGAAGUGAAGCAGUGGAUCGACUCGUCGUCGGCCGGGGGCGACAGCAUGGAGACGGACGAGCAUGCCGGAAAGUCCGCCGGGAGCAAAUCCCAGCCCGAGGUCGACGGCUACGCCAAGGUGUUCGGGAAGCUGAAGUCGUUCGGGAACAAGCGCUUCGUCGGGGCGCAUUGCGUGCGCGCGGUCAAGGAUAUCAACGAGGUGCACGUCCAUCUGCUGGAGGCCGCGGCCGUGCAUCUGUUUUUCACCAAGGGGCCCGCGGUGAAUAGUGCUUCCGGGCAGGGGGGUGCGGGAGGUUCUGGUGCCGGGGCCGGGGCUGGGGCAGAUGCGUCGAUGGGCGGGGUGGAGGAUUAUAAUAGUGGUGGGCGGGCGUUGCCGGCGAUGAGUCCCGUGGCCAGACGCGUGUUUAACCUGCUCAAGACGGAGCCGCAGAGUAACGAGGGGUUGCAUGCGCAGUUGAUCGCUGCUAAGUUGAGUCUGCCCAUGCCCGAUGUCGCUAGGGCUGGCGAUGAGCUGUUGACGGCCGGGGUGAUCUUCUCGACGGUGGAUGAGCAGACCUGGGCGAUUCUGGAGUAUUAGGCUCCUUGUGGUCUGGGG